CAUCCCUAGGGCGGGGCCCGGCCGAAGACUGGGUUGGCCUGAGGGCGUGGCUUCCAGGAGCGCUCUCCGGAAACGCCGCUUUGGUGUUCGGGAGAGGCGUUCUAGUCCUCGCCGCCGCCUGUGCCGCCGCCUGUGCCGCCUGUGCCGCCUGUGCCGCGUCAGUCAUGCCGAAGCACGAGUUCUCUGUGGACAUGACCUGUGGAGGCUGUGCGGAAGCCGUCUCCCGAGUCCUCAACAAGCUGGGAGGAGUGGAGUUCAACAUUGACUUGCCCAACAAGAAGGUCUGCAUUGAGUCUGAGCACAGCUCAGACAUCCUGCUGGCAACUCUCAACAAAACAGGAAAAGCGGUCUCCUACCUUGGCCCCAAGUAGCCAGGACCUGGGCGAGUCCUUCCGGAUAGAAACUGAAGAGGCAGGUGGGUGAAGUCCAAACCAUUGUCAAACAAGCCCGUUGCUUCUUCUGGGAUCCCUCUUCUGAAAGACUUGAGCCCAGAAGCAGUUCAGACUGUAAUUUGAGAUUUGAAAUCUUUGCCUAAAUUCACCCAGAGGGCAUCUGUAAUAGAAAAACCCCAAACCUUCUCAUCAUUGAGUUGGCAUGCUCUAGUUUUAGAGCACAGUGCAACUGGGAUUCCUGGAUUUGAGGUGCUCAGACUAAGCUUGGGCUUCUGGAGUUAGGUAGGAGGGUGCCCUGAUGUGUUCAGCCCACUGCCCCACUCUGGAAGGGUCCAAGCACAUCAUUGUCCAGUACAAACGAGAAGUUCGGAGGGCUUGAAGGCCUCCUGGGAGCAGACAGAGCUCCAUGUUAUGUUCCCAGAGUCCCAUGGUACCUUGCUUGGUCAGCGUGACUUAAGUUUAAAGUGUGUGACCCUUCUGGAAUGGUGAGCCUCUUACUUUGGUGAAGGGACAGUCCCUUCACAGGGACGCCUAUGUUCCAAGCCUGUCACUCCCGUGCAUGAGUUCAUGUUCACCCUGCCUUUCCUUCCACUUGGAGCCGGACGUGGAUCCAGCCCAGCCUCGUAGAGCCAAUGGCCCGUCUAAGCUGUCUUCCUUCCACCUUAUGGGUCCCAGGGAGGCAGGAAGUGGACCAGUGCCAGUGCCCUUCCAUCAGGAAGCAGGACAGUUGCCUGCCCACCUAGCACUCCUCAUUGUGUCCAGCACUCUUGCAGUGUGCCUGACACAUGAGUUACUGUGGUCACUUUGGUGGUUUGUGUCCUCUUUGGGACUGAGAAACAUGAAGCCUGGUGAGUGCAAGCGUCCUGACCAGAGCCCCACGGAGGUGGGUGGCAGAGGAGGGAAGGAGCCAGGCCGUCUGAGCAAAUGUGUGAAUGAUAGUUACAGUAGCACUAACUCUAUCAGUGACCCAUGAGGGCCCCUGGCAGAUGCCAGCCGUAAUCGACUGCGGGUAGGAGGUUCCCCUUUGAGUAAAGCGUCCUCCAUUUUUUUUUUCCUUUUUUUCAGAGCUGGGGACCGCACCCAGGGCCUUGCGCUUGCUAGGCAAGCGCUCUACCACUGAGCUAAAUCCCCCCCCCCCCAAAGCGUCCUCCUUAAAGUGAGCCUUUGGAACCCAAGCCAUGUGCUCUUUGUGUAUGGUACAUCCCAGCAAAUCAAAAAGUGAAGAUGAUCUAGGAGGCUAAGGCAGGAGAGGAGAAGCAGCAAGUCAAGGCUAACCCGGGUGACAUAAAGAGACCCUGUCUCAAAAAAUAUAUUUAAAAAUAACAAGGACAGAAAGAUGGUUCAGCAGGUUGAGAGUGUCUGCUGCCAAGCCUGACAAUGGAGUUCAAUCUCCAGGACCCAUGUGGUGGAAGGAGAGAACUGGGUCCCUCAAAUUGUCUUCUGCCCUCCACACAUGCACACACACACACCCCUUAAAUAAAUAAGUAAAUAAAAGUUAUUGUUUCCCCUGCCUUUUAUGGCUAUGGAUUUGGUCCAUGUCCAGGAAUGCUCCAGCAUGGAGUCUGGGGUUCAGCUUUGCUCUAGUUCAGAUGUGACUUGGACAUAUUUUAUGUGUCUGAGAUUUAAUCUAGGAAGGAGACAAACCCCUCUACUCUGCCCUGCUGGCUUUCCUGGUUCCUGUGCAGCCUCCUUAAGGCUUGUCCUCUACAACAGCUUUUGCUGUGCUUGGGGCCCACAUCCAGCAUGGUCCAGCAUCCCUGGGUUUUGUGGAUUGGGUGAAUGGGUGGGACACUGGCCUCCAUCUCUCCAAACAACCUUAUUGUGUCUUGGACCUCCAUGUAAAGGUUUUCUCUACUUUUAAAAAAUCAUUUUUGAAAUAGAGCUAACCCAGGCCAUCUGGAAGUGGCAACAAUUCUUCUGCCCUAACUCCUCAAAUGUUGUGAUUACAGGUUGAGUCCCCAGGUAGUCGUCCACGUAAGGCUGUGUGUGAGCUCCAGGAAGAAGGCAGAGUGGGUAAAGGCACCUUGUAUGCAAGCCUAAGAGAGCUGAGUUUGAUCUUCUCCUAAAGGUGGAAGGAGAGACUAAACCUGCCCUGGGCCUUCACACACACAUAUGGUGACUCGAAUACUAACACCAUCCUUAGGAAAAUGUUUAUUUAGCUGGGUGGUGAUGCACAGACCUUUAAUCUCAGCCGAGAAGCAGAGGCAGGCAGAUUUCUGAGUUCAAGGCCAGCCAGGGCUACACAGAGAAGCCCUGUAUCAAACAAACCAAGCAACAAACAAAACAAACCAAAAGGGUUUGUUUAACUAUGGAAAAAGUUGUAUUUGAUAAGCAUGGUCUCUGUGGAGAGGAACUGGGAGGAAGGAAGAACAGCCCCCGUAACUAAAGUAGCGCCUGCUGGUGGCAAAGUGCGGGUUUGCUCCUUGUGGCUUUUGUUAUCAAGGCGAAAAUGCAGUUGACGUGAUAUAGUUAGCCGUGUUCGUGGGCGCCAUUCAUAAGACUAUGCAUUUGUGGUGGAGCAUAACCACACCUGUACCUACUUCAGAACAUUUUCAGUGUCUGAGAAAAAUACCUCAUGUCCAUCAAGCAGUGGUUCCUCAGUCACCCCCACUAUUUCCUCUGAUGGUGCCAGUCUGCUUCCUGCCACUCUGGGAGAGCCAAAACUCUCAGAGAUUCCCUCUGCCUCCUGAGUGCUGGAAUUAAAGGAGUGCAUCACCACCUUCUGGCAUUUUUUUUAAUUGUUGUUGUUGUUAUUAAUGAAAUCGUGUAGUUCAGGCUGGCCUUGAACUCCUGAUCCUUCUGCUUCUAUCUCCAGUGUUGGUAUUACAGAAGUCAGCCAAGCCUAGUUCUCUGAUUUUUCAGUCUGGGAGUGCCAAACAUGUAUAAGCUCUGUGUGGAAAUAGUCCGCUCCUGCCCCUCACCCAGACCCAAAGUUCCACAUCUGGUUACUUUGUAACAGACUAACCAUACAGAGUUUCACCUUUGCAGGCACCAGUAACCAUGGGCAGUGCAGAGAGGCUGCCACAGACUGAAAUGCAAUGUUUCCCAUUCACAGUAGGUGGCGCCAUUGAUCCGCCUUAUUUUCUCUUUCUCCUAGACUGUUGAUCUGGUCUCCCCCGCUGAUCUGGAACACCAACUGCUCAGUCCAGCUCCGCCAUGGAAUUCCAGCCCAGACAGGCCUUCCCUGCUGGCUCCCUGCCAGCUUCCUUGCAAUUAAAGUCAAGCUGCAUUUGUUGA